AUGGCCCAAGUCUACUCAUUAAAACAUGGAAUCUGUUCGUCUUCUUAAGAAUCUCACAUUCUCACAGUCCCUUAACAACAGAUUUCUGAAAAUUUUCAAGGGCGGGCGAAGCUUUUCACCACUUUCUCUCCCCUCCUCUUCUACUCAACUCCUUUCACGGCUUCACUCUCAGAUCAGUUUAAGUAAUUAAUGCUUUCGCUAAAGCUCCAAAAUAUAUCUACAUUAUGAGAAAAAGAGUUGAUCCACAAAGCAUGGUUGGGGAGGAGGUCCUACGACGAUGUACCUCAAGUGAAUCAGAUGAUAUGAAAAGUUUGGAUUCUAUUUCCAAUAUAAAAAAUAAUGCUGAAUUAUCUCAAACAACUACCAAUAUAAAAAAUUGCAUUGACGAUUUAGGACAGGCAAAGGAAGAAAUUCAGGGCACUCAAAAUAUGGCUAAAGGCAUCAACAAAGAUGUAACUUUGCAGCCACCAAUAAAUAGCUCUGAAGUGGUUGAAACAUUGUCAGUUGGUCACUUUUCAAAGGUGAAUGUUAUUCAAUCUAACAAUAAUGGUGGAAUUGGCUCCUUAGUUGGUGCGAAUGAAGAACUUGGAACUGACAAAAUCAAUGGUUCUAAAACAACUGAAGAUGAAUGCAAUAACAAAGAGUCCUCAGUUCGUGUAGUUUAUAGUUCUUUACCAAGCCACAGCAAAAGAAAGCUUGAGGAAUUCUUACAUCAGUGGUCUGAGUGGCACACUCAACAUUUAAUGUCGGCUGAGGAUCCAGCUUACUGUUUAGAGUCUGGUGAGGAAACUUACUUUCCUGCAUUACGUGUUGGUUCGGAGAAGUCUUUGGCAUUGUCAUUUACAAUGGAUGGCCAUGUCCAGAAAAGGCAACGGAAAGAGUCAUUAUCUGUGAAUAAUGAUUGCUCGCCAUUGUAUGAUAGAGGAUAUGCUGUUGGUUUGGCAUCUGAUGGGGGAAAUGUCGAAGGUAGCAUCGUAGAUAUGCGUGAUGCUCCUCGUUGCUUCAAUUGUGGUUCAUAUAAUCAUCCUCUCACCGAGUGUAAAAAGCCUCGUGAUAAUGCUGCUGUAAACAAUGCUCGCAAGCAAUUUUUAAGCAAAAAGAACCAGAAUGGUCGUCCCCGUGCCCAAACUCGGUAUUACCAGGAAUCUGCUGGUGGCAAGUAUGAGGGGCUUAAACCAGGUGCUCUUUCAACUGAAACAAGGAAGUUGCUGGGUUUAGGGGAGCUUGAUCCACCUCCAUGGCUUAAUAGGAUGCGUGAAAUUGGGUAUCCGCCAGGGUACAUAGAUGAAGAUGAAGAGGAACAGCCUUCAGGAAUUUCAAUCUUUGGUGAUGAAGAAACGCAGAAUCUUGAUGGGAAAAAUGACCUUCAAUUAGAUGUAGGAAAAUCCCAGCAGAAAUUCACUGUAGAUUUUCCUGGAAUUAAUGCCCUUAUACCGGAGAAUGCAGAUCAAAUGAAGUGGGCAGCGCCUGUAAUUCCAGCACCUGAGCAUGCUUGGAACCAAUCAAACAACAGAUGGAAUCAUGCUCGAGAUUCUCUGAAUAAUGGGGUUUUCCGUGGUGGGUAUGGGCCACGGAAUCACAUAGAGCCCCCAUAUUCUCACUUUGGUCUCGGGUUAAGUCCACCACUGCCUCAUAAUCCACAUCAUUAUUAUCCUAGAGAACCAUUCAGCCCGAGAGGUCUCUCAGUUCCUGGAGGCCCACGUUAUGGAAGUCCAGGCGAUGCACAGAGGCCUUUUCUGCAUUAUAACUACGGUAGUAUCUGACCUCAUUCUCAUAUGUCCUAAUUUAUGGUAGCUAGUUAGAUGGAAGAAGGAAUCAAGUGGUCUGCGAAAGUUAUUUAAUUCUUAGGUAGAUGUUGUACAAUAAUUAGCUUCUCAUUGUUGUCAAUUAUAGUUAAUCUUUGCUCACUGAGAACAACGGAGCAGAUCCAUCGAUUAUCAAAUGAAUAAUUAGCUUCUCAUUGUUGUCAAUGAUAAGUUGCGGUCUAUUGACAGUUAUACCCGAAGUAGGACAUGGAUGUAGUUAAACCUUUGUUGGUUCAUGUUAUGUCAUCAAAUAUUUUAACUUAUUUUACGGUACAA